GUGAUAUCAAGCAGUGUUGCAAAGUUAAAUUGACCCAGUUUAAAUAGUUGGUGAUGCUCAUAUCUCAUCCCAGAAUAAUCUUGAUACACAUGCCCUGGAUGAAUAGUCUAGAGAGUUUUUGUUGUGCGUUAUCAUCACUUUUCCCCAAAGUUUUCUGUACAUUUAUCCUCACCUGGUCUUUGUAUGCGUUGAUUCAUGAAGGCUGUUACAAUAAUAUAUACAUUUCAGAAAAACACCCGCUUCUAGCAUUUAUAUGUUCUGUCAUUGGCUUUGGACUUUAUGGAUUAUGUAUAUACGCAUACUAUAAGAUUAUAAUGGUUGGACCUGGAUCACCAAAUAAUUUCCAUGAAUUGAAGAUCAGAAAUUUAAGAUCCUUGAGUACAGGUAAUGAAGAUAGAAGUAUGAUAUCCAGCUCAUCAGGUGGAGGGCAUAAAGUCAAUUCAGCCAAUCCGUAUGAUUCUAUUCUCGAUACUUCAAGUACGGCUAAUACUAGUACAUCACUUCUUUCACAAGCAGAAGCAUUAGGCGAUGAUACUACCGCUGCUUCUUUGGAAGAGCCUGAAGAACCGCCUUCGCUGUAUAUGAAAAUUCAUACUUUGAAAAAUGAUUCGCAGUACAGGUAUUGUCCAAAAUGUCUGGUAUGGAAACCAGAUCGUUGCCAUCAUUGCUCGACCUGUAAUCAAUGCAUUUUGAGAAUGGACCAUCAUUGUCCUUGGUUUGCAUGUUGUAUUGGGUUCCAUAAUCAAAAGUUUUUCAUUCAGUUCUUGAGUUAUGUGACUAUCUAUAGUUUAUUUGCUGGCCUUGUCAGCUUCCUGUUAUUAUACAAGUUUUUUGCAUAUGAGGAAUACGAAAAUGAUUAUUUAUCACUACAAUUAAUUUUCCUAUUCAUAUUGGGAGUAACUUUUUUCCUAUCAGUUGGCUGUUUCGGAGGAUUCCUGGCUUACCUUGUUCUGAAAAACACCACCACCAUAGAAUUUCAGGAAAACAGAUGGAAUUAUAGAAAUAAGAACGGUGGUAGUUUCCGAUAUGAAUUUGAUAAUCAAGGUAAAAAGAAAGAGUUGGGGAAUAUCUUUGACUUGGGUACUAAAAGAAACAUGGAAAGUGUCAUGGGAACUACUUGGGCUUCCUGGUUACUACCAGUCAUUGUUACAUCCAAUUCAAUUUACGAUGCAAAUAACGGUCUUAACUAUGAAAUCAAUCAAGAAAUCUAUGACAAGUACUGUUAUAAUGCAAACUUACAAGAACAACUAAAUCAACAAUUAGCUGAUUACAAAAAGAGAGUUCGUAUGGAAAGGGAACUGUAUUCAGCAACUGAACAAGUUUAAUAGGGUCUGUAUUAUGUAAAUAUGAAACUGGUA